AAAUCCUAGCGCAUAAAUAUCAGGUCACGGUGCUGUGCUGAGGCUGGUGUUUCAGAAGUUGUGAUGAAAUUUUUGUGAUGAUUUCACGGAUGCCAUACCUUGAUUUAUGACGAUCUGCUUGGCGUUAUGGCGACCAUAACAUCUAACAAUGCCUGUCCAGACUUCGGCCCUAGCGUCAAGGUCCUGAAGAGCACCGGGCAGCUGAGAGAGUUACAGACUGUGCUGAGGGAUGUUGAAACAUCGAGAAGUGAUUUUGUGUUUUGUGCAGACAGACUGAUCAGACUAGUUGUUGAAGAAGGUCUGAACCAGCUGCCGUAUUCCCCAUUGUCAGUUACCACACCAACAGGCUACGGGUAUGAUGGGAUCACUUUUGAGAAAGGCAACUGUGGUGUCAGCAUCAUGAGAAGUGGUGAGGCGAUGGAGCAGGGUCUGAGGGACUGCUGCAGGUCCAUCAGGAUAGGCAAGAUCCUCAUCCAGAGCGAGGCUGACACGCGAGAGGCGAAGGUCUACUACGCCAAGUUUCCUCAGGACAUAGAGGGCAGAAAAGUGCUGCUCAUGUACCCCAUUCUCAGUGGGCGCGGUUCGGGAAAUACCGCCAUCCAGGCUGUCCAGGUGCUGAAGGAACAUGGGGUGAAGGAGAGCAACAUCCUGCUUCUCAGUCUGUUUGUGACCCCACAUGCUCUGCAGACAGUGACAGAGGAACACCCUGAGAUGACCAUCCUGACGUCAGAGAUCCACCCGCACGUUCCUGUCCACUUUGGGCAGAAGUACUUCGGCACUGACUGAAGCCUCACAGAACAACACAAAUAUCAUUUAAGCUAGAUUACCAUUGGUUUCUCCCAAUAGAGAUACUUUUUAGGCUCAGGGAUGUCAGGCAUACAAAACUGGCAGAAAAAAUUAUAAUAUAAAGUAAAUCAUGUUGUUUUUUAUACAUCAUAUGAAGAAAAUCAUACUACAUGUACUUGUACAAUGGAAGAUACAGCAUUUUAUCAGAAAAAAAGAUAAUUUUUGAAUACUUAGAUUUUAGUAUGUAAGUCUUCCUGUACUAAAUGAAUGAUGAUGAUGUACUACUAUUUGUAAAUAUUUAUAUAUUUCUAAAUGCAAAUUCUCAAUCAUGAUUCUGGGAUGUAUUAAUAUCAUAGUAGGCCAGCUUUUACAUGUAUGUAUGUACAGGCAAAGUGUUAACACUUUCAUCAUGCUUUAGCCAUUUGGGGCUAAUUCAAUGUCAAAGAAAUUAAAAGCCUGGCUACCUUUAGGUGAAAACA